AUGUCAUAUCCACCACCACCGACAGGCCAGCAGGCCAACUACUUCCCACCACCUCCUGCUAACGACCAGCAUUUCGCCCCGCCGCAUCAUCGCCACCAGCAUCGGCGACGUUCCCAGGGCCACCCCAAGCAUCACCAGGCCAUGCACCACAGAACUACACGCAGUCAUUUCCACCUCCUCCGAUGGGAGCAUCACCACCACCUACACAGACGACGUUUCUUCCUCCACCACCCCAAUCUCCGCCGCCUCUACAGCAGCCGACCGCGCAGCUCCCACGAACUACAGCUAUGGCUCGGUCCCGCAAUCCGCUCCUCCCACCCGCACGACCUUCGAUAUCACACCUUCACGACAAGACUCCUACAACAUGAACAAUGGAUAUGGAAGUCCUCCUCCGCCCCAGCCUGGUCAGGCCCAUCGCCCGCAGAUUUAGCAUCCGGUGCUUCAGACGAAAAGCCACAAAAGCAAGGGCUCGGCUCCAAGCUAGCACCCAAGCUCAACAAGCUAGGCUCUGCUGUCACGACAGAAAUGCAGACUCUGAACCUGGCAGCUCCAGAUCGUACAGGUCCUUAUAUGCGAGGAGUGCCUGAGCAGGGGCAGUUCCAAGGAGCUCAAGCGACGAACAACACCUCAGACGACGUCGGCACUUUCAAUGGCGGCGCCUAUCGAAUAUCACACCGUGACACGAACUCGAUCUUGACACUGCAAUUGGCGGCUGGCUGUCCUAUACAAGCGAAGCCCGGCGCUAUGAUUGCCAUGUCGCCGUCGAUCAUGCUGAAAGGCGCAGUUCACUUCAGUCUGAAGAAGUACGUUGGCGGUGGAAUGUCACAAUCUACCUUUACCGGUCCAGGAGAGCUUCUCCUUGCCCCACCCAUCCUUGGAGACAUCCAUAUUUUGCGUCUGGGCAAAGAGGAACGCACAUGGAGCAUCGGACGAGAUGCUUUCUUGGCCAGUACUGCUGGUGUGACGAGAGAUUACAAGAACCAGGGCCUGUCGAAGGCGCUCUUUUCAGGUGAAGGCCUGUUCGUAUAUCGGCUCGCCGGUAAUGGCAUAUGCUUUCUGGCGACGUUUGGUGCCAUCAUUAAGAAAGAGCUGCUCGAAGGGGAGAAGUACAUCAUUGACAACGGCUACCUUGUGGCUUGGGACUGCAAAUACAUUCUCGAGCGGGCGGCAUCUGGCGGCAUCAUGUCCGGCGUUGCCUCUGGAGAAGGUCUCGUGUGCAAGUUUACAGGCCCCGGAACUGUCUACAUGCAGACUCGUAACGCACAGGCGUUCCAGAUGUAUCUGGCAGCCGCUUCUGCCCACUCUCUGUAA